AUGGGAGUUAGUGAAGACUACUUUCCAGAUGAGCCUAAACGGCCGGAUAUGAAAACCAAAUGCCCGGGUCCUGCUACCAUAGCCAAACUUGAGGAACUUUCCAAGGUAUUCGAUACCAAGGCAGCAUUUUUCGUCACUGACUUUUAUAAUUCACUAGGAAAUUAUAUAUGUGAUGCUGAUGGAAAUAAGAUGCUUGAUGCAUAUUGUCAGAUUUCUUCCAUUGCAUUGGGUUAUAAUAAUCCGGAGUUAUUGAAGGCUACUCGCACUAGAGAGAUGGCUGUUGCAUUGACCAAUAGACCCGCUCUAGCAUGCUUUCCAUCAACUGACUACUACGAGAUCUUGAAAGAUGGACUUCUUUCUGUGGCACCAGAAGGUCUGGAUCGAGUCUGCACUGCCCAUACGGGAUCCGAUGCCAAUGAAAUGGCAUUCAAAGCCGCAUUUUUGUACCAAGCCACAAAGAAAAGAGCUGGAAAACCAUUUACAGAGGAAGACAAAACUUCUGUGAUGAAUAAUCAGACUCCAGGUGCCUCGGAUAUGGUGAUCUUAUCGUUUACGGAAGGAUUCCAUGGCCGUCUUUUUGGUUCUUUGUCAGCCACACACUCCAAACCGAUUCACAAGCUAGAUAUUCCUGCUUUCCAGUGGCCGGUGGCUCCAUUUCCAACUUUAAAAUACCCUUUGGAAGGCUUCGAAAAGGAAAAUAGGGCCGAAGAAGAGAGAUGUCUCAAAGACUUGGAAAGUAUCUUGACUACUUUUCCUCAUCAAAUAGCUGCUGCUAUCAUUGAACCCGUUCAAAGCGAAGGAGGUGAUAAUCAUGCAAGUCCAUUUUUUUUUCAGGGAGUAAGAAGCCUUACCAAAAAAUAUGGUGUUCUUUUGAUUGUCGAUGAAGUUCAAUGUGGCGGAGGAGGUUCCGGAAAGAUGUGGCUUCACCAACAUUACGGAAUCAGUCCAGAUAUUAUGACUUUUUCGAAGAAAAUGCAAAACGCAGGUUUCUUCUAUCAUGAUCCACUUUUGGCUGGGGAUCGACCUUAUAGACAGUUCAAUACUUGGUGUGGAGAUCCUUCUAAGGCAUUGAUUGCCAAGGCCAUUAUUCAUGAGAUUAAAGAUAAACAUUUAUUGAAUGAAGUGAAUAAGACUGCCGCCUAUCUCUACGCAAAAAUGGAAAAUGUUAGACAGAAGCACUUGAAGUUGAUGUUGAAUCUAAGAGGUAAAGACAGAGGAUUUUUUGUAGCCUUCGAUCUGCCAACAGUCGAACUUAGGGAUAAGUUUUUGUACACUUGUAGACAGAAAGGUGUUAAUAUGGGAGGAUGCGGAGAUAAAGGUGUCAGGUUGAGACCCACCUUAGUUUUCCAACCAAAGCACGUUGACAUCUUAGUGAAGACCAUUGAUGAAGCUUUUGAUCAGCUAGACUAA